CGCCGAUAAAAAGAGUUGAAAUUUCUCUGUCCGGAGCUGAAAACAUUUUUUUUUUUGUUUUAAUUUUCAAUUUUUUGCUGCGGGCAUCCCGUGUUUGUUGUGAGCGGGUAUCCCGGAGAGUCGAGGAGAAUGUUAAAGCAAGAGCCGGUCAGCACCCCGCCCGAGUGUCCGGCGCCGCGUCUCCCCGGCUACCGUUGCUACGAGACGGCCAGGCCCGCGGAUACCGGCCUCAAACCGGGCCCGGAGGCCGAGCCGACGGGAUUACCGGCCGGGGUGCCGGGGGCGGGCUGAGGAUGGAGGGCGACACGGACGAGCAGGUGACCCGGGGCCUGAGGCAGCAGUUCCAGACCCUGCAGGAGCAGCAGCAGAAGAGGCUGGAGAAGAUACUGCUGGCCGGCAAGAAGCAGCAGGUCGCCAGGCAGGCCGCGCCGGACCAGCAGGAUGAUCUGAACCUGCAACUGGUGGCUGCCCAGCCGGCUAGCACUGACAUCAGCAGCGGCUUGUUGGAAAAUGAGAAUGAACAGUUGCAGGAACAGAUCCUGGAACUGAGGAAUGAGAACGGCCGGCUCUACAAGCUCCUCAGUGAGAGGGAUCUCGAAAUCAAAUACCUGAAGAGAAAAAGGGAGGAAGAUCGGCUUGCCCUGGCAGGGACUGCUGGCAUGUCAAGUGACGUAGCUGCAACUAAAAUUGUUGAGCUGUCAAAGAGGAAUCGUGAGCUGACUGUUGAGAAUGAGAGCCAUAAAUCAAAGAUCAAGCAACUGAGCAACAAACUACAAGAGGUGGAAAAGGAGCUUCAGGAUGCUCGGAGAGGUAGCCCGAUGCUCAGCAACAAUGAAGGGACUGGACACAACAACAAAAAGUCAUCUCCCAGGAUACAGAAUGAAUCACUGUCCGACAGCCUUGAUAUGAAAACUCUUCAGGAGAAACUUUCAGCAGCCAACCUGAAACUAGUUGAACUGCGGAACCAAGUACUGAGUGUUAAACAAGAGUUAAAAGUAGCACACAAGGUUUUGGCUAACGAAGUGGGGGAUGAAGUGAACAUACAACACUUGCUGAAUAACAAGGGCUCUUGGCGUGGCCGAGCCCAGCAGAUCCUCACCUUGCAGAGAAAGAUCAGAGAUUUGGAGAGUCAAAUAGGGUCAAAUACCCAUAAGGAGCAAUUGGCUGAACACAGUGUUGAAGAAGAAAUGCUUGGUGUUUCGGGGUUCCGGCGUCCUUCAAACCAGGAAAAAAACGUUGCGUACAUUCGAGCUUUGGAGAAAGAAAGAAAAAAGGCUUCAGAAAAAAUGACUAGUGACUAUGAGAAGCUGAAGAAAGAUCAUGAGGACCUCAAGAGUAAAUUUGAUGGAUCGAAAGCAAGAAACAAGGUUCUAUCCACUGAGCUGAAAACUUUAAAGAGUCAAGUGGUAACACUUCUCAAAAAGGGGAAGCACGAUGAUGAAUUUGUUGACAUAUUGCUGAAACAGCAGAAGCAAAUGCAGGAAAUUCUUGCUCAUGUGAGUGAACAACAGUCAAACAGCAAGCAUAACGUGAGCCAGCCACUGAACAGUGAAGUCCAGAAGCAAGACUCGCUGAUUAGAGAGCUAAAACAGGUGGUUAGUGAGAGGGAAGCCAAGGUGAAGGAACUUGAGGAAGAGAUCAGACAGCUAAUCCUAAAGCAACAGCCAGAGACGGAAGUGUCAGCUGAUCAGACAGCAGUAACUCCCACACAGUGCCGUCCUUCCUCAGCACCGCUGGACCCGAACAGUGCACACGCAAUUCAGGAUCCUCUGACGGCCAAUGCUGAACUCACAGGAAGGCCAUUUUCUGCUUGCUCGGUAUCCAAAAUGGGUCAUACCUUGAUUGAAUCAGCUGGCACACAGCUUUGCUCCGGAAGUGCUACAGGAUGGACAGCCAGUGUGAAUGGGAUCGAUGUGAAAGCUCUACAGUUACAGUGCACAGAGUUCAAGGCUCUUUACCAAGCUGCAGAGGUAGAAAGGGACAAACUAGCAGAACUAGUUACCAUCCUGCAGAAGAGGUUAAAAGAGAGCAACGACAAGGUACUGGAGACUGAGCAGAAGCUUCAAGAACAGCGACGGUGGUCUGUAACCUUAGAGCAACAACUUGGAAAAGCCAAACUGGAUGUGGGAAGGAAGCAUGAUGUCAACAAGUUUGCUAAUAAGAACAAGACAAGUUUGUCCAACACUGCCAGCCGUCUGUGUGGCAGUGGUGACCUGUCUCCAGGGAAACCUUCAGCCUUAAGUUUGGAGGCACAACUUGAAGAACUGAAUACACGACUCGCCAUACAGAUAGACGAGAAUGAGGCCUUAAAGACAGGCUUGCACAGCACUUUAAAGGCCAAAGAAGAGGAUCUGAAAUUGUAUCAUGACAUGUUGAGCCAAGUGAAGCAAGUCUUCCUACAAGCUCUUCGACAGCAUAAAGAAAAGAAUUAACUCCACUACUUCAAAUGAACCAUGAUGUUGGUUUGGAGGUGACUAAAACAUCUUGCAUCUAAGAACUAGCAGUGAAAAGAGGAAAGACCAAAGCCAAUUCAGUAACAUGUCACUGAAAAGCAACGAGUACAGAUGCUGGAAAUCUGAUAUCAACCUGACUACUGAGUAUCUCUGACAUUUUCUUUUUUUUACUUUUGUAGCAGAUUAGUUUGGACUGUUGCUGACUAGACUGGGCUAAUUGGGUAUUAUAUACAGAUAUUUAGCUUGCUUUUUUCUUUUAUAUUUCAAAUUAAUUAGCAGUUGAAAUCAUGCAAAAGAGGUCUGCCAUUAAAAACGUCUGUGCAUUUCUCCUGUUACAGUAUCUGACUCUCUCCAGGAUGCCUUAUAACGUUUUUGUUUUGUUACAUAGGCAAAAAGCAUUUUUUCCCCAAACGUUAACUGAUCAAACCAGUGGCACGGAGAAUGCAGCAAAAAGAAACCACACACCUGCAUGAGGAAAGGCUGAUACAACAGAUUCUAAGAACAACAUACAUCAAAGUUGCUGGUGAACGCAGCAGGCCAAGCAGCAUCUAU